UGAAGAUUUACAAGAUUCACACACUCAUCAAACCAGCUGAGCACAAUAGACGGGUUAUAAUCUCACAGGCGCCUUUCUAGAUCUCCUGAUAGCAUUGGCUGCUUCACUCCUGUGUGUUGUGUAGAAAUGGAGGAAAUUGUAGAAGGCUGCCUGGACUUUCUAUACGAUCUACUCGUGGUAAUAUGUGUUGGGCAACUGCUUCUGCGUGUUGCUCAAGGCCGGCCAGUGAGGUGGUUGGUGCUGCUUGUGGUUUCCGGAGUGAUGUUGAGCUGUUUGGUCCAUUCAAGUGUUCUUAAAGUGGGGCUUGUGAGUGUGCUGUGUAGUGUGAUCUACUAUGUAGGGAGAGAAGAGGUCAUGUUGCCUACCCUGGACAAGGCGGUACUGAUCACAGGUUGUGAUUCGGGUUUUGGUCAUGAUCUGGCCAGGUUUUUGGACAGUGCUGGGAUGAGGGUGUUUGCGGGGGUUCUGGAUGAACUCAGUCCUGGAGCUCUGAAGCUGAAGAAAGCUGCAUCUCCAAACCUCACCGUCCUACAGUUAGACAUCACCAACAGCAGCCAGAUCACACAGGCACAUCAGUAUAUCAAGAGCCAAACAGGCAAAGCAGGACUCUGGGCACUAGUGAACAAUGCAGGAGUGCUGGGAUACGUGUGUGAUGGAGAAAUUCUGCCAAUUAAAAUGUAUAAAAAAUGCUUAGAUGUGAAUUUCAUUGGUAGUGUGGAGAUAACACAAGUCUUUCUGCCUCUGAUACGACAAUCAAAAGGAAGAAUAAUCAGCGUAUCCAGUUUGGGAGGAGAAGUUCCACUUCCUGGGUUUGCAGGCUAUGGUGCAUCUAAGGCAGCGAUGAUCAUGUACAAUGGAACGAUCAGACAAGAACUCUCACGCUGGGGAGUCAGAGUCAUCAUCAUUCAACCUGGAGCUUUCAAAACAAAUAUUUUUGGCAGCAGAGAGCAGUGGAAUUGUGCUCAGGAGGACAUCCUCAGUGGUUUGUCUCAGGAAGUGAUGAUGUCUUACGGAGAAGAAUACAUCUGCUCAAUGCAGCAGCGGCUUGUCAACAUGUCUUCAGCAUCAAGCUCGGACACAGGGCUGUUUCUGGAGGAUUUAAAGCAUGCAAUACUGUCCCCGAGACCAAAACACUUCUAUUACCCAGGGGCCGCAGCAUGGGCUCUUCCCUUGCUCUACAGACACUGUCCCACCUCACUGUCUGACAGAAUCCUCACACGAAUCUUUAUGACUGGUGACGCCCAACCAGCAGAACUUAGAGUUCUGGAAUUGUGAUUCUGUUUGGUGAUACACUUCACAUUUACAUACCUCAUUUAUGUAAACAAUUUAGGCAAGCAAAUACUACAGCACCAGAGGUCAUUUUUAAAGUCUAGCAUGGAGGUGUGAAAAAUUGUUUUAACGAAUUUUUGCAAGUGAAAUCCAGUCAUUUCAGUAGGUAUUCAAGAAAUCAUGAAAAUCCAAGCAAAAUCCAGUCAUUCCGACAGGUAUCCAAGUCAUCACGUGAGGGCGAAAUUUUCCAACACAGAUUUCACAAUGGGUACAAUUUGGUCACUUGGAUUCUCCAUGUUGCUCAACAGAAAGCUGCUAGGUUUGAAAAUAACUAC